AUGCCGCCACGAGCACGCCGGUCGACUUCCCGCCCAGGCGCACAACCGAAUAUCGACCCGACCGUGCUUGGAGCCCUAUCCAUCGCCGACCUUCGCUCUCUUUGUGUUCAACAUGGGAUUCCGUCGACAGGAGUCAAAAAGACUCUCGAACGCCGGCUCCGGGACCUGAACAAUCCACCACCAAUUCAGGUUCAAGACAUUAAUGAACACGAACCAGCAAAUCCAAACAACGACGAAACGGCGGCACACAGGCAAGAGCGCCCUGAGUUUACAGACGGCCAGAUGCAGACGAUUCAACGAUUAAUUGCGGACACUGUGAAACAAUCCGCCAGGGAGAUAGCGACCGAAGCGGCUAGGGCCGCUGUGAGUGCUUCGUCGAGCCUCCUUGCCCAAAGGCCCCCUUCGCUGGUGCGUGAAACAGCGCCCGACACGACAGCUCCCACGAACACUGCGGCGGUAAAUUUCGCAUCGCCAUUCCAAGACAUCCCAGGGCAGUAUAUCAAAGACAUCCAAUGUGGUGAGUUUUUUGAUCUUUCCAAACUACUUCCUAAGAACCUGUCGCUGCACGACGAGGAGGAUAAUCUUGUCCUCUCCUUAGAGAACUCCGUCGUUAAGGUGUCGAAGAAAUCGAAGCAGACGGCCUCCACCUCUAUUACCGAUAUUGAACAGUGGACCACUGCUUUUACGUCCUAUAUGAGUGUACUAAUCGACAAGUUCCCAACACGAUCGCAGGAACUCUUGCAAUAUGUUAGUUUAAUUAGAUACGCAGCCCGUGUGCACAAAGGGUUAGGAUGGGCCAUUUAUGACUUUAAGUUUCGCCAGAAAGCUAGCGUCAAUAAGUCUAUUAAUUGGUCAGUGGUUGACACUCAGCUUUGGUUAACCAUUUUCACCGUGUCACCAGCGAUACUCAAAGAAGAGUAUCCGCUUUUUUCAAAUGGACCCCAGCGAAAUGUGUCUACAACAGGGGAUGCGAACAGAGGCACAUGCAACUUUUACAAUAGGAGUGGCACAUGUAAUAGAGACCCCUGCUAUUUCAGACAUGUGUGUAACAGAUGUAGUGGAUUACACCCAAGGGUUGACUGCCCGGCCCACCCUGUGCGGCAACCAGAGCGGGAAGGGGGGAGGCAUAGAGAAAGUGACCAUGGUGGAAGCUCAAAGUCAAGUUCCUCUCAUCGAAAGUGA